UCGACUCUUAUUUGGUAGCCUCGGGCUCUCAGGGUGGUAAAGUGAUAAUCCUAUCAAACAACAGGUCGAAGUUUAUUAUCUGCAGCUCAAUACCAGCCACAGGAACACCAGGGCAUAGAAGGCUCCCCCCAGAUACAUAGAGAGAGAGAGAGAAAGGGAAACUUUUUGCCCUAGCCGGGACACUGGUUCACCUCUAGCUGGUGGCAUCUCCACUCACCUGACUGCAAAAUAAAGACUUCUCAGAGUGUAACAUCAUUUUUCCCAGAAAUCCCAUUUGAAGUGUUGUGUUUGAUCAAGCAAACAUUCAGAGUCAGUAGCCCUGCACUGGACAACUCAAUAAUACAAUACUGAGGUGGAGUAUUACCUGACUGUGGUGUGACGGUAUUCCUGUGAUGGGGAAGACUGGCCAGAGCACGGUGGACCUCAACUCACCCUCAGACGUGAAGCAGGCAGUCCCAUUUGAGGACCUUCCUCACAACAGUGUUCCCGUAGAAGAGGAGAAGGAGAAUAAAGUACCAGACAGAGGAGCGUGGAAGGGAAAAUUUGACUUUCUGCUGUCCUGCGUUGGAUACGCCAUUGGGCUGGGAAAUGUGUGGAGGUUCCCAUAUCUUUGCGGAAAGAAUGGUGGAGGAGCUUUUCUCAUCCCCUACUUCACUACUCUGGUGUUUGCUGGUAUCCCGCUGUUUCUGCUAGAGACGGCAUUAGGACAGUACACAUCAGUAGGGGGGUUGGGAGUAUGGAAAUUAAUACCCAUGAUGAAAGGUGUGGGUCUGGCUGCUGUGGUUUUGUCUUUCUGGCUCAACAUUUAUUACAUCAUCAUCAUUGCCUGGGCUCUCUACUACCUCUUCAGCUCUUUCAAAGCAGAGUUACCAUGGCAAACUUGUGAUAACCCUUGGAACACUGAUCGUUGCUUUUCCAACUACAGUCUGUUGGACACCACCAACCUGACCAGUGCCGUCACUGAGUUCUGGGAGAGGAACAUGCACCAGUUAACAAAUGGUUUGGAGGAACCAGGGGAAUUGCGCUGGCCGUUGGUUGGAACUUUGGCGUUGUCUUGGAUUCUUGUCUAUUUCUCAAUCUGGAAAGGUGUGGAGUGGACGGGGAAGGUGGUGUAUUUCUCAGCCACAUAUCCCUACUUCAUGCUCUUUAUUCUGUUUUUCCGUGGAGUCACUCUCCCUGGGGCGAUAGAUGGUGUUCGCUUUUAUGUCACCCCGGACUUCAACAAGCUUUUAAAAUCUGAGGUGUGGUUAGAUGCUGCCACUCAGAUCUUCUUCUCUUAUGGUCUGGGUUUAGGUUCUCUCAUUGCUCUGGGCAGUUACAACUCCUUCAACAACAAUGUCUACAAAGAUUCUAUCAUUGUGUGCUGUAUAAACUCCUGCACCAGUAUGUUUGCGGGGAUCGUCAUAUUUUCCAUUGUGGGCUUUAUGUCACACAUCACAAAGAGACCCAUUGAAGAACUGGCUGCGUCAGGUCCUGGUUUGGCAUUUCUGGCCUAUCCACAAGCCGUCACACAGCUUCCCAUGUCUUCACUCUGGGCUAUUCUCUUCUUCUCAAUGCUCAUGAUGCUGGGAUUGGACAGUCAGUUUUGUACAGUGGAAGGCUUCAUAACAGCUCUAAUGGAUGAAUAUCCCACAGUCCUGAGGAAGAGAAAGAAACUCUUCAUCCUCAUUGUCUGCAUUGUAUCCUUCAUUAUCGGCUUCUCUAACAUCACCCAGGGUGGCUUAUACGUGUUCAAAUUGUUUGACUACUACUCGGCCAGUGGAAUGUGUCUUCUGUUCUUGGUCUUCUUUGAGACAAUCUCCAUUUCUUGGUUUUAUGGUGCAGAGAAAUUUUAUAAAAAUAUUGAAGAAAUGAUUGGUUAUCGGCCUUGUGGCUUUUGGAAACAAUGCUGGAUUUACUUUACUCCAAUAAUUUGUUUGGGUGUUUUCACAUUUAGUGCCAUAGAAAUGACUCCUCUGACAUUAGGGAAGUAUGUGUACCCGGCCUGGGGACAGGGCAUCGGCUGGCUAAUGUCCCUUUCCUCCAUGAUUCUGAUACCCGGAUAUAUCAUCUAUAUGUUCUUCACGACCAAAGGCAGCAUCCGACAGCGCUGGCACAAGAUGACUAAACCAACAGAGCUUAAAAUCUCGGACACAAAUGAUCUCACACAACAAUCCUCACAGACAGGAAGUAUGGAUGAAGCUUCAGUCUGACGUCAUUUCCUCUUUCCUGUACAAUGGUCAUUAAACCUAUGGCAAAAUAACUAUUCCUCCAUUCCAUUCUUUUUUUUCUGUCGGAGAAACUACAACAGAUUGAAGCGGACUACGCACAUGUUCAUCUGUUUUUCUUUGAUUUCUUUCUCUACAUCCCUCUCUUGUAUCAUGUAAUAUGAGGAGGCUGCAGUCUGUCUUCAGUGGAGAAAGCAAUUUCAGUGACUAUCAGUAUAAAACUAGAAAUAAUCCAGGCAGUUGACAGGCCAUUGAAAAGGCCUACAUAACCAUUGCAUUCCUGUUAUUUACAGUUCAAUUUCUCACAGUAUUUACCUCAAGUUGACGAGUGAAUGCAAGUGUUUAGUGUUCUGUUUCUCUAGAAUAACAGAAUGAAAAUGAUACAAGGUAGUUGACACAUAACACAUAUACACUAUUUUUUUUUUAUUUAUUUUUUUUAUCACCAUUAAGAUUUUAGGUUCAAAUUCAUAUGAAUGUAUGAGGGAGAGUGUAUAUCUUAGGCCCCGUAACUGUCCACCAUUUAUUUUUUCACCAUUUUGAUAACCUUUUACCUUUACAAGCUCAUUUUAUAUGGUGUUGCAGUGUGGUAAAUUUUGCAGUAAACCUAGUCCCUCAGUUAAUAUCAGGUGAAAAAGGCUGCAUGCAUAAUGAUAAUAGAAAAGUAUUAGCUUCUGUUUAAAAUGGAUUCAGAUGGAGAUUUGUAUGUCAUACUGCAAGAUAUGUCAACUUUACAAAACUAUUUAAGGUUAAGGUCUAAUGAAACCUAUAUGAGAUAUCAUAAAAUAGACUAAAAAAUGUAUUAAUUGACAGCUAAUUAAAUUAGUUUGAAAAACUUAACUCAAAAAUAAGUUGUGUAAAUUAGAGUUUUGUGCGAAACAUUAUGAUUUGUUCAUGUAAAAGGUAAUUUUCUCAUCUAAUUCAUUAUUAAAACCGCUCCUUCAACAGGUUUUACAUCAUAAAAUGUCUUUUCUGUGAACCUUGAAGAUUUUCUGGGUUUUGUGCAUCAGUUGUGGGAUGGCAUUAUUGUUUUAAUCAAAUGAAAAACAAAAGGAAAACAAUGCACGGCUUGCACAAUCUUUUUGUUAUAUUAAAGUUCACCAUUUCCAUUACAGCAUUCAUGUUACAGUGUAGUAAGUACUAAGUGAUGCUAAUGAACAUACUUAAUAUAACUUUUUUGAGCAUGCUUGUAAAUACAUGUUAGUAUUAUUACUAUUGUAAUUAAUUCUAUUUACAUAUAAUAUGUGUAAGCAUACACUGUAAUAGACAAUAUGUUGGAGUAGAAAACAUUUAAUUUGAAAAAAUGAAAACAAGGCUAUGAGAAAUAGAACAAUCUGUACAAUCCACUCAACUGUCAAUCAUUUAGGGUACGUUUACAUGACAGCGAUGUACUAAAAACAGAAACGGUUUUCCUUUGCAUUUUUCAUGUACAGGCGACAAUGUCAAAACAAUCCCCGUUAACAUGGAUCCGUGAAAACUAGUAAAAACGUUGUAUAAUGCAUGUGUAACAGAAGUAAGCUAGUAAUAGCUGUGUGGGUAAACCUCACUCCCCUGGCCACAUGAGGCACACUAGCAAAUGACACUAAAGACUAUGGUCUUUAGCAUCCUUGUUAGCGCACCCGCCUCCCAUGCCGGAGACACCGGUUCGAAUCCUGCUCAGAGUUGAAACAGGAAAUUUGGGCGGGACAUAUCGAAGGGCUCAUAGCUUUCAUAGACAUGAACUAAGACACUGAUUUCAUAAGUCUUUAACACUGUACAGGAUAUUGAAUUUAUUCAAUAUAGUCUCUUUUUCAUUUUUCAUCAAAUUAAAUAUACCAUCCGCUCUGAUCAAGGUCUAUGUGAAGUGUUACCAAAGGUACAAAGAGAACUUUUAUUGUGAUGACUGUAUUUGUUUUUAUCGUCAUUUGCUGAUUAAUUUCAAAUUCAAUAAAGGCAAAAACAGAACUGAACUUAGUGAUUUAAAAAAAAAAAAACGUCAGUAAUUAAACAAUAAGAAUGUCUUGAGAGGGAACUAUUGUCUUACUUUAUUCUCGCAUACAUACAUUAACAAUCCAGUAGAGCACAGCAGCAGUAUAAAUGCCAAAAGCAAUAUGCACAGUGAUAUUUUAUUACUGCCUUCCAUUUUAGCAGCAGCUCUGACAGAAAAAAUAAACAUUAUUAGUUAGCUGACCUCCGUUAGUGACCUUUGACCUGUGUUGAUCCAUGGCUCUACAUUACAGAUGCAAAAAGGUGCCCAUCAUUUGCUGAUACAACAAACCACUCAUGUCAAAAGGACAGUAAAGAAAAAACCAGACCACACAUGUAGGCCUGGAAUAGACAAGAAAACAUGUUUAAUAGAAUGUAAAUCUAUCAUAUAGACAGAGUAAAACAAACAAUUGUAUAAUGUGACGCCUUUCAAACACACUCUUAAAUAACUUGCUAACACACAAUAACUUGCUGUCAAAAUUAGUGCUAAUAAACAUUUAUGCUAUGCUGCCUUCAAGUUCUCCUGGGAUGUUUUAAUGAGAUGUAAAAUCAUCAGUACAACAUGAUGUGCAUUCAAGCGAUUUUGUUUUGGAAUAAAAUGUGCGCUUUAAGCAAUUUUUUCUUCCUGUCUUUACUUCCGAACAAAGACAGUAAGCUUUUUAGCUCUACUGCUACAAAACAAAGGAGAAAGGAUGCACAUUAGUGUAUAAUUAAUACCAUGUCUAUGUAUUUUAUAAUUCUUGUGCUGCCACUAAGAAUGAUGAGAAACAUGGUUUUAUCACACAAGAGUGUCACCUCAAAAAACAGCUAAAUGAGAGGAAUUUCAUCAACAAUAUGCUAACUAGCUUAACAUACAAGCUAAUGAUGAUUACGACAUUAUGGUGUUGCUCAUGUGCAUUCAUCUCAUAAACACUAUCAUUCUGAUGACUUGAAGGCUGCAUAGCACACCAGUGCAAUAGCCCUUCUGCAGGCAAAACCAAGGUUAGCAUUAGCAUCAUAGCCUUUGGUUGUGUGAAGGAUUUAAUUCAACACUCAUCUGUUGGGUUAGAUCACAUCUUAUUUGCUAGCCAGGGCACAUUCGCUCAAGCAUAAUAAACUCCUCAAAACCAGGGUCAUGCACAAUUCAUCUGGCUCCCCGUUUCCAUCACCUCCACGCCAACUCCCUCAGGGGCCAAAUGCAAGGCUACGAAAAGAGAAAGACAAAAAGUGAACUCCUGUCACUCAGUAUUUCUUAGAAAUUAAACUAGGACUGACUCUUUCUCCAUUUUUCAAGCAGGUUGUGCAGUUCUCCUACGCACUUAUUUUCCAGACUAAGCUGCUGUUGAAAUGUUUGAUCAACUCUUAGAGAAUGCUGUCUGUUACUCUAAGGCUGGGAUCUGUAAAGUAUUCUGUCAUUAUUUACAUACGCUUAUGUUGUUCCAAACGUGUAUGUUAUUAUUUUGUAUGCAGUGAAUAUUUUGAAGAAUAUUCACACUGCUUUUUUGAUACAAUAGUGACAUCUAUGAAUCCAACACUCUAAAAAAUGCUGAGUUAACACCAACCCAAGUUAGGUUGAAAAUAGACAAACCCAGCGAUUGGGUUGUUUUAACCCAGUGGUUGGGUUAAAUGUUUGUUUUAUUUAACCCUAUUGUUUAAAAAUUACUACAUGGCUGGCUUAAAAUGAACCCAAUAUAGGUUGUAAAUUAAAAAUCAGACACAUAAUUACUAGAGGCAACAAUAAUAAUCAAAAGGUGAACAUUUAUCAAUAAUAAAUUUAAUAAAUGUUUGUUUAAUUAUUCAUUAAAUAUUAAUAAAUGUUCAUUUAUUAAACAUAUUAAUGUUAAUUUCCAACAUACUUUGGGUUCAUUUUAAGCAAGCAAUACAGUAAUUUUAAACAAUAGUUGAGUUAAAUAAAAUUACCCAGCAGGUUGGGUAAACAUUUAACCCAACCGCUGAGUUAAAACAACCCAAUUUCAAUCCAACUUGGGUUAUUUUUAACCCAGCAUUUUUUUAGAGUGAACAAAGGCUCAUUGGAAAAAUAUGCUUCAAUUUAGCAAAACUCCAAAAACAUAACUAAACAUAAAAUGCACUGCAGUUUCUAGCUGAAAUUACCACUAGUGGCAAUAAAAUACCAACAACUUUUAUUCCUUUUCUCAAAAACUUGCUUGGUUGCUCAGCAGGUACAGAAUUGCACUUGCGAUGUGUGAAACACAAGUCAUGACACUCAAUAAAAGAGCUCAAGGAAUUGUAGAAGCAAGAUAAAAUGGCAAUGGAUUCUUUCAGGAAAUGCAUUUUUAUCUCACUUUUGCUUCUAUUAACACAAUCGGUUAGGUUUAGGGUAUGAUUUAAUAUAGGUGGUACAUUAUUUUCAAAUGCAAUAGAGCAUUAACCUUUUAUUGACACUCACAUUUCAUUUCCAAACUGCAAACAACCAACGUAAUAAAAUGUUGCCACAUUCUUGUACAUUGAUUUCAGAAAAAAAAUGGAAUGCGCUUUUAGUGCCACCCACUGAACAUUUCAUGUUCAUAGUGCCGCAAUGUGCAAGAAGCAACAUUAUAUAAUUUUGCAGAAAUGUCACCACAUGCAUGUUUUUCCAAUGAGUCUGAGUUGAUGAAAGCAGUAAUAAAGUCACAAUUAUUGCAGUUGUGAGAUAAGAAGUCAUAAUUCUGUGACAUAAAGUCACAAUUACCUUUUUAUUUUAUUUAUUUAUUUAUUUUUUAAAACUCUGACACAACAACAGGCUUUGAUAUGAAGAAGAUUAAAUAAUGACAGAAUUUCCAUUUUGGAAUGAACUAUACCUUAAAUGUGUGAGAAACAAAGGAUGCAGCGUUCAUUCAUUAAAGUUAAGAAGAGAGGGAUAGACAAUUUGCUGAUGUCCAGGUUAUACAAAAAACUCAUGUGUUGAGUUUCUCACCAAUAUAUAUGAAGCACCUGGUGUUCAUCACACAAAUCAUCACUGUACAUGGAAAUAAAGACACAAUGAGAAGAGGAAACAAAGAUACGAUUGGGAGCUUCAAACAGCAGCAAUAUAAUUAUGAAACAAACGCCCAAUCAUAUAAGAAAACAGAGAAAAAAGGACACACAGCUACCUAUGACACAUCAAUGGUGUUACGAUUACGAAUACUACAGCUUAAAGUCAACAUGAAAUCAAAUUAACACACAUUCCUGCCUUAUAUGCCUCUGAAACAACUUUGUUUUUCUCAGGUGAUAUUGCAAAUAGCUAAAUAGCUAAAUAGAUUGCUAUUUAGGCAAUAUUUACAGUAUAUUAGGCCGUGUAAAGCGUUUUUUUUUUUUUUUUUCCAGCGGCUAGCAUACUUUUCCAAUUGUUUUCAAUGGGAGCCCCACAUUUUUUAAACGGCAGGAGCGUAACGAGGCGCUGAGCGUCUUUUUCACGCUCAAGUGCUGAGCGCUCAGUGUUUUUUACUGGUUGCCUCGAGUUGAAGAAUGUUCAGCUUUCAGUUUUUACUGCGCUGGCUCAUCACUGUCACUUUUUAGCCAGCCGUCCAAUCAGAGUGGAGGAGGGGCAGGACAAAUACAACACGGCCUCAACAAGCAGAGAACAGAACAAAAUGGAUAAGAAAUUAAUAUUGCAGAUCUCCGAACAUACAUAGCAAGUACUCUACUAGCUCUCAAGCACUCACAGCUAGGGGUCAGCAAAGCAUCUAAUGUCAAAUUUAAAAAAAAAGAAAAAGAUUCACCAACAGGGGCUAUCGAGCAUGAAUUUCUCCUUUAAGGUCUUUUUGCACACUGAGUCCGAAAUUCACGUCCGAAAUUUCCGCACGUUAAAAAAUAAAUACGACCUCACGUUGUGUCAAUCACAUUUACACACUGUCUCCGAAACUUUCAUCCGUCAUAAAAAAAUUUGGAUCAGGUUCCAUUUUCUGCAUUUUUCGCAUCCGUGGCAUGCAUUUUGAGAGACGUUUUGACAAUUCAGAGCCACCGUACAAACGAACGCAAAAUCCCGAAUACCAUCUGACAAGUUGAUACACGUCGUCUACAGCACAAAGCAGUAGCACUGUAUGACAAAGUGCGGAACACAAAGAGACAGAAUAUAAAGACAGACUGUGCCAGUAUCGCUAGCAAAGCAUCAAACUGAGCCACUGACAUCCUGAAGUAAACUUAGAAAUGCUCAGGAUAAUCACGCAACUCCUUGAUGAGGUGGAACACUCUUUCCUCUCUACGCAAUCUCUGGUUUGGAUGGACCCAAUAUUUCCUCUUUCUUUUUCGCUUUUUAAGAAGAGAGAGGACAACUAAAUCAUGCUCACUGCUUGAAGACUCCAUUUUGUAUUGUUUUGCAAUUUUUUUCACAACAGAGUCAUUAAUACGCAUCGGACUCAGUGUCCAAGGUCUCUGUGGAUCAUGAAUGCGAAAAAAAGCAUACGAAAAUUUCGGACUUCAGCCUCCACGUUCCUUAACAUAAAUUUAUGUCUGGAUCUAUUAUGGAAACACCCACUUUUUAUGGUCCAAUCAAAAUUGUAUCUAAAUAUCACGUAUCACUUCACACAUCAUUAACACAUUACAUGGUGGAAGCAAAAAAGGUGGUGAAUUCAGUUUCAUGUUGACUUUGUGUUAUAAUGACAGCUUUUAUCAGAAAUGGUUGGACUGUGGGUAGUUAACAUUUAUCAUAGCUAAUUCUUUGCUGCUUUAUAUGCUGAUAUAUGAUAGCUACAUACAAGCAAAACAAAAAUAAACCAUUGGACUGUUUUCCAUUUAGCUGAUAAAAUCAGAUCAAAACCAGACAAACAUUUAGGUUAAAGUGUUCUGUGCCAACAAUGUGCAUCUCAUUUGAUGUUUCAAGUGUCACUUGGCUCUCGAAAAUCUUCAAACAAGAGUUUUAGGAGUCAAACAGCAGAUAUAGAUAGUGCUGAUGGUGUGUCUCUUGGGCGUUUUAUGUAGUUGUGAGUAUUGAUGAAGGAAUAUCACAAUGAAACCAUGUUACAUUGUCUGAGUCAUGUGACAACAGUGAUGCAGAAUUCUGUCAUCUUUCACAGAAUGUCAGACAAACAUACAACGUGUCCAAAGAUGGUUGCUGGGAUUGAAUGGCCUUUUCACAAGGGCCUUAUACGUUCCAAGUUGCUACAUAAAGUUCAAGUACAAGCAUUAAAAGAUCUCAGUCUUCUUUCAGGUACUCUCUGAAAUUCCUGAGCGUGAGAACUAUAGCCGUUGCAAACAGGGUUCGCUGGCUGUGAUUGGCUCUUUUUUUCCCAUCUUUGAGCCGGGAUACAUUGCCAUACACUAAAAGCCCUUUCACAUGACUCGGGCUUUAACACAGCCCUCUGCAUGCUUUGACGUUCACAAAGGCAAUUUUACGAAGUUGCUAGGUAGUAAAUGGUGAACAUAGUGAAAGCCAAUGGAAGAGGUAACACGUAUUUGUGUUUAAAAGAGGAAAAAAGUCCAACGCCAAUAUUUCAGCCUAAAAACCUAAAAACCAUUUUAUUCACUAACCAUCCACAAUCCAGUUUAAAAGCACUGUAUGAGCUGGUAUAGUGCUGCGCCAUGUUUUUAAAUUUUAAAUUAAGUCAAUGUAAUUAUUUUUUUUUUUUAUCCAAAUAAGACUUAUUAUAGGAAGUAAUUCAACUAAAGAUUCAUGCUAUUUGCAUGCACUUGUACAUAUUUUUAGAGAUCAUAGCAGAUAUAAUUCAUCAAAUGAUGAUCAAACAAUGGAGACGAGUGUCAUAAAUGGCCAUUAAUACUUGUUCAGUCCACUGGAGCAAUGCUGUACUGUCCUAGAAAAGCAUAUCAGAUUGUAGUAGUCCGCUGGGAUUGUGACAUGAAAAAUGUGUUUAAUAAUAUUUUUGGCAAUGUUUGUGCCAAGAUUUGCGUGUCAGGUGCUAAAACAAGAACAUGCAAAUUAAUGGUGAUAUAGGUUGAUGCAAUUCAUUAGCGAAUUCCCCUGGAAUAUUAAAGAUAUGUUUUUGCUGUUGUAGCGUACAGCUUCUCUGAUCUCAUCUUGUUUGCUCACAUAAUGAUAAGUCAUGCAAAUUGUCUGGUAAUGUUUGGUUAUACUUCAAAAGGUCAGCAGAAAAUAAGGGUCAAAGUUGAAAUUUUCUUAAUUUUGAGUCGUGUACGUCAACACAUUGGGGAACAAUGGUGUGAGUCAUGUGAAAGAGCCUUAAUACUUCCUACAUUCUUAAUUUACACACAUAUAUCAGUUAAAAGGAGUGACAUAAAAGACAUUUUCAAAGACAGGUGAUAAGGAAGUAAAUCACAUUUUACAGGAAUACAACAUCAGCCACAAGUGAGGGAAGAAACAGUUUGUGGUUACCACUUAAAAGUAAAAAAAAAAAAAAAAAAAAAA